AUGUUCCCGGUGACAUCUCUAAAUCAAGUAUCUGGUUCAGCAGAGGUGACAAGCAGACUGGUGUUCAACACCUCAUCUCCAGUCCCCAGUGAAGAUCUGGUCCUGAAAGCUAUCAAUGAUCUCAGAAACAAAAGAGAAUCAAACAUCAGUGAUUCUGUGAAGCUGACGAAUGUCACCUAUGAGAAAAUCUCAGAGACCUCUUAUGCAGUCAUCUUUACAUUUACUCUGAGUAACAUCAGCAUGCCAGAGGACCCAGAGCUCAGAAACAGUACUUCCAAACAAGUGCAGGACAUGAUCAACGAUGUGCUGAACACUCUUCUGAAUGACCCUGACAGUAAGAAGAUUGAACCCACCUCCUCCAAUUUUUCGAGCGCAUCAGACAAAAUCAAUGCCAAUGUGGACUACACCUUCCAAGACAGCGAUGAGAAACGACCUGUCAGCUUCCUCAAUGAGCUCCGUUCACUGAUGGGACUGACCACUACAACAGUGCCUCCACAGGCAAGCGUCUUCCCUGUGACAUCUGUACUGGAAACAUCUGGUUCAGCAGUGGUGACAAGCAGACUAGUGUUCAACUCCUCAUCUCCAGUCCCCAGUGAAGAUCUGGUGCUCAGUGCCUUCACCACUCUGAGAAACACCAGAGAGUCACAACUCAAUGACACAGUGAAAGUGGUGAAUGUCACCUUUGAAAAAGUCUCGGACACCUCAUAUGCUCUCAUCAUCACAUUUUCUCUGAGUAACAUCAGCAUUCCACAAAACCCAGAACUCAGAAACUACACUUUCAAUCAAGUGAAAAAUACAGUCAACAAUGCGCUAAACACUCUUCUGAAUGACCCUACCAGUGCCGUUCUUCAACCCAAGACCUCCGACUUCACGAGCACAUCAGACCAAAUAAAUGGCAUGAUAAAUUACACCAUCCAAGAUGGAGAUGCCAUUCAACCAGUCAGCUUCCUAAGUCUACUUCGGUUACCUAUUGGAUCCACCACUACAGUGUCUCCUCUGACAACAAACAUGUUCCCUGUGACAUCUCUAAAUCAAGUAUCUGGUUCAGCAGUGGUGACAAGCAGACUGGUGUUCAACUCAUCUCCAGUCCCCAGUGAAGAUCUGGUGCUCAGUGCCUUCACCACUCUCAGGAACUCCAGAGAAUCACAACUCAACGAUACAGUGAAAGUGGUGAAUGUCACCUAUGAAAAAAUCUCGGACACCUCAUAUGUGCUCGUCAUUACUUUUGCUCUGAGUAACAUCAGCAUUCCAGUGAUCCCAGAACUCAGAAACAACACGUUCAGUCAAGUACAGAAUAUUGCUAAUAAUGCGCUGAACACUCUUCUGAAUGAGCCUACCAGUGCCGUUCUUCAACCCAAGACCUCUGACUUCACGAGCACAUCAGACCAAAUAAAUGGCAUGAUAAAUUACACCAUCCAAGAUGGAGAUGCCAUUCAACCAGUCAGCUUCCUAAGUCUACUUCGGUUACCUAUUGGGUCAACCACUACAGUGUCUCCUCUGACAACAAGCAUGAUCCCUGUGACAUCUCUAAAUCAAGUAUCUGGUUCAGCAGUGGUGACAAGCAGACUGGUGUUCAACUCAUCUCCAGUCCCCAGUGAAGAUCUGGUGCUCAGUGCCUUCACCACUCUCAGGAACUCCAGAGAAUCACAACUCAACGAUACAGUGAAAGUGGUGAAUGUCACCUAUGAAAAAAUCUCGGACACCUCAUAUGUGCUCGUCAUUACUUUUGCUCUGAGUAACAUCAGCAUUCCAGUGAUCCCAGAACUCAGAAACAACACGUUCAGUCAAGUACAGAAUAUUGCUAAUAAUGCGCUGAACACUCUUCUGAAUGAGCCUACCAGUGCCGUUCUUCAACCCAAGACCUCUGAUUUGACGAGCACAUCAGACCAAAUUCAUGGCAAUACAGAUUACACCUUCCAAGAUGGCGAUGCCAUACAACCAGUCAGUUUCCUAAAUCUGCUUCAGUUACCUAUGGGUUUAACAACAAUCAACACUCUGACGGCAAGCACAACAGUACCACCUAUUGUGCUUGGAACUGCGAUCAUUUACAUUAAACUGGUGUUUAUCACAGUGGGCCCUGCUCCAAAUGAGAGCAGUGUUCUACAGAUAGCAAACAGUCUUCUAGAUGCAAAACUGAGAACAAGCCGAGCUGUCCAAUCACAACCGCUGAAAGAUCCUGUCAGUUUUAUGAACAUCACCUAUAAGAGAAUUGCUGAGAAUCAAUAUUCCAUAACCUUUGGAUUUGAAAUCGGCAAUGUAUCUAUGUCUGAAAAUUUUAAAUUCAGGAACGACACCCACACAAUUAUACAAGACAAAAUAAAUGGAUUGCUAAGCAAGAUCCUAAAUGACCCCUCAGCAGCUCAAUUCAAGUUCCCAGCCAAUUUUACGGGUAAUUCAACCGUGAUUCAAGCUGAUGUGCAGUACGUUUUCAGAGAAGGUGACAUCAAUGCACCCAGCCUGUUCAUUCAAGAACUUCUCAAAGCUAAUGGAGUCAUUACCACACCUGCACCUGCAACCACAUUUUACCCCACAGUAGUGAACACUUCAGGACCAAACAACAGCACUAGUGCAGCGUGGGUCGUGGCUAUAAUUGUACCCUGUGCUAUAGCCAUUAUGCUUGUACCUUGCUGGAUUCUCCUAUGUUGUUUGCUCUGCGGCUGCUGUGCUCGAAUAAGGCGACGCUGGCACAGGAGACAGUCAUACAAUGUGCAGUAUACAACACGACACAGUCUCUUCUAAAAAUUUCAGAAAUAUUGAGGAGAAUCAAGAAUGGAUACCACUCAGCAAUAAAAAAAUUAUUUAUUUACAAAUAUUUAUUUUUAUUUAUUUAUACUCUGCCAAUUUAACAACGUAUAGAUGUAUAUUCUUUUAAAUUAAAUAUUAAUGUGAAAUACAUUUUUAAAGAACAACUUUUGUUGUUUAAAGUUUUAUUUACCUUAUGUUUAAACUAUAUAUAACUUCAAUAAAAAUACUAGAUGUAACAAUAUAAAAGACUG